CAAUAAUUUGAAACCAACAGCAGCUCAUACUGAAGUGUGUCUGUGACAUAUUGCUUUUUAACCCCUUUGUGUCUUACUCUGGACUCUUGUGUUUCCUCAAUGAUCCUUUCCCUAAUGUGGGUGAAUUGAGAGGGCGCUACAUAGUGUGGGAUUACUGAGACCCCCUGCUUCCUGACAAGCUCCUCAGUGAGGCCUCCCACCCAUGGCUCUGUGUUACUGAGACCCCCUGCUCCCUGACAAGCUCCUCAGCGAGGCCUCCCACCCAUGGCUCUGUGUUACUGAGACCCCCUGCAUCCUGACAAGCUCCUCAGUGAGGCCUCCCACCCAUGGCUCUGUGUUACUGAGACCCCCUGCUUCCUGACAAGCUCCUCAGUGAGGCCUCCCACCCAUGGAUCUGUGUUACUGAGACCCCCUGCUUCCUGACAAGCUCCUCAGCGAGGCCUCCCACCCAUGGCUCUGUGUUACUGAGACCCCCUGCUUCCUGACAAGCUCCUCAGCGAGGCCUCCCACCCAUGGCUCUGUGUUACUGAGACCCCCUGCUUCCUGACAAGCUCCUCAGUGAGGCCUCCCACCCAUGGCUCUGUGUUACUGAGACCCCCUGCUUCCUGACAAGCUCCUCAGUGAGGCCUCCCACCCAUGGCUCUGUGUUACUGAGACCCUCUGCUUCCUGACAAACUCCUCAGUGAGGCCUCCCACCCAUGGCUCUGUGUUACUGAGACCCCCUGCUUCCUGACAAGCUCCUCAGCGAGGCCUCCCACCCAUGGCUCUGUGUUACUGAGACUCCCUGCUUCCUGACAAACUCCUCAGCGAGGCCUCCCACCCAUGGCUCUGGAUUACUGAGACCCCCUGCUCCCUGACAAGGAUUACUGAAUACAACCCUAAAACAACCCCUGGGAACCUGAGUCAAGAUGGUGGCACUUUUUAAUGAAGAGGAGGUCAAGCUCUGGGUCAAAAAAGAAAGAUCUGUGAAGGCCGUGGGAGACUCUCCUGCCCAGCAGUGAUGGGUCCCGCGCGUCUUCACCCAUUUAUUAUUUUACUUGGAUUAUUUCAUCUAUUUCUCAGCUCCACAUCAGCGGUGAAGGUUGAAAACUUCACCUUAUUUGAAGAGAAGCUGAAGCUGGAGGCGCAUACAGCCAAUAUGAUUCCCUGUGUGUUUCACACACGGCGCCGCCUCAACCCACUCAGAGUCCAACUGGAAUGGGGUAAAAUGGAUAAGGAAGGUUACGUGCCCCUCAUACACCUGGAGGGAAACCACGUGAGAAAGGCAGCGGCUGAUUUUGGGGAUAAAUACCAGCUGUUUAUACCCCAAGUGUCACAAGGGAACUGCUCCCUUGUGAUAAAUCCCACGGAUAUUGCAGACAGCGGCACUUAUCAGGUCCGGCUGAGGAUUCUAGGAAAGCUGUACGAGCCGGUUCCAUCCAUAGAGAUUCAGGUUGUCGAUCAGCGCAAAGUUGAGUCCCGGGCAUGGGGCAAGAAAAAGACGACUGUACCGCCAACCACUAUUGCAACAGUACCACCAGGAUUUGUUGACGACGUCCAAAAAAGACUUGUGAAAAUUGAUAAGAUGGCGAUUAUAGCGAUUAUACUUAAUGGGGUGUUCGUUGGUAUAGCCAUACUGCUAGGAGUCCUUGUAUUUAUUACAUACAGGAAAAAGAGUUCCUCUGGCGAUGAGGAGAACCCACCAAAAAAACGGAAACAGAAAGGAAAGAAGGAACCAUCUGACGAGAGUGAGGAAAGCUCAUCCAGUGAGUCAGAAGAGAGCUCUAGUGAGAGUUAAUAGGAGAGACUGGGCAUCAUUACAUGAUGUGGGAGGGAGGAGGGCCAGUCAAUGGAAGAAUUUAGACACUUCACUGGAGAAGAAGAAGAAAUUCUACUUUGUAUAACUUUCACAAAAUAUUAACA